AUGAGCAAGCCACCCACAUCAGUUGCCGGGCUCGCCUGUGUCGUGAUGGUCACACCACCGAUGGUGACCUGGUUGGCUUGGUUUCGUGCUGGCAUUGUGCCUAGCGGAGGAUUUCGCACUUGCGGAGGGUUGGUGCUUGCUCGAGAGCCAGCCCUUGUCGCAGGCUGUUGGAGGGUUUCUUCAAGAUCCUCUGAGAGAUCUCUCAGAGGUUGA